AUGGAUACUUUAAAGCUCGAUUGUAUCAAAUGCAACAAGUAUCAAAUGGAGACAUUGAUUACAACAGCCAUCGACCGUGGUAUCCAGAAUCUUUAUCUUGAACUUAACGUGCCUACAUAUACAUUCCCUCGAUACCUCUUCAACUGCAAAACCAUUGUCGACUUGAAGCUUGAUAGCCAUAGAGUGUCAUUCCUGGAUGUGGACAAUGUCUCUUUGCCUAGCCUCAAGAAGUUUCAUGUUUUUUAUGUUGUGUGCGAGAAUGAUGAAGUCCUCCCUCACUUUCUUUCCGGCUGUCCGUCCCUUGAGGAGUUGGAUAUGGGAUUCACAUCUGUGGAAGAAAAUGAUUAUGUGGGCUGCAUAAAUAUAUCAUCACCCACAAUAAAGACUCUUGAGCUCGAUCUUGAGGAUUUGACUUGUCCAUCUGACCUUAAAUAUAGGAUGAUAAUAAAUGCCCCAACACUUAGGUAUCUCCAAGUGUAUGGAUGUGACUUGGAGUGUAUAAUAGUUCCUAUAACCAUGGCCUCCUUAGUCGAGGCGAUUAUCUGCUUACAGAGUUACAAUUACACGUUGGUGAAGUUUCUUCAUUCUCUGUGUUAUGUAAAGUGCCUAACAAUAUCAGGUUGGGAAUUUGAGGAGUUUGUUCAUGGAGGAGUUGCUUUUUCAGAUGUAAAGUUUGAUAAUUUAAUUAAACUUGAACUCCAAUUGGACUUCAAAUGGAGUUUGCUUGUAAAGUUCCUUGAAGUUGCUGACAAUCUUGAAGUCCUUAAAGUGAUUGUAAGUGGCUUUUAUCGUUGA